AUGGAGCGGGUCCUACCCGCCGUUCGCAAAGCAAUGGCGCCGCUGCUGGAGUACGAGAGACAACUGGUGCUGGAACUCCUCGACAGCGACGGGCUGGUGGUGUGUGCCCGCGGGCUCGGCGCCGACCGGCUCCUCUACCAUUUCCUGCGGCUGCACUGCCACCCGGCCUGUCUGGUGCUGGUGCUCAACACGCAGCCAGCAGAGGAGGAAUAUUUUAUCAAUCAAUUGAAGAUAGAAGGAGUUGAACACCUCCCUCGACGUGUGACAAAUGAAAUCACGAGUAACAGUCGCUAUGAAGUGUACACACAAGGUGGUAUUAUAUUUGCAACAAGCCGGAUACUUGUGGUUGAUUUCUUGACUGAUAGAAUACCUGCAGAUUUAAUAACGGGCAUCCUGGUGUACAGAGCACACAGGAUCAUCGAGUCCUGCCAAGAAGCCUUCAUCCUGCGUCUCUUCCGCCAGAAAAACAAGCGCGGCUUCAUCAAAGCUUUCACAGACAACCCUGUUGCCUUUGACACUGGCUUUUGUCAUGUGGAAAGAGUAAUGAGGAACCUUUUUGUGAGGAAGCUCUACCUGUGGCCAAGGUUCCAUGUAGCAGUCAACUCGUUCUUGGAACAACACAAGCCUGAAGUAGUAGAGAUUCACGUGUCUAUGACACCCGCCAUGCUUUCCAUCCAGACAGCCAUACUAGACAUCUUAAAUGCGUGUCUGAAGGAGCUGAAGAGCCACAACCCAUCGCUAGAAGUGGAAGACUUGUCACUAGAAAAUGCUCUUGGGAAGCCGUUUGACAAGACAAUCCGCCAUUACUUGGACCCUUUAUGGCACCAGCUUGGAGCCAAGACUAAAUCCUUGGUACAGGAUCUGAAGAUACUAAGAACCCUACUGCAGUAUCUCUCUCAGUAUGAUUGUGUUACAUUUCUUAAUCUUCUGGAAUCUCUGAGAGCAACAGAGAAGGUCUUUGGUCAGAAUUCAGGUUGGCUUUUCCUGGAUGCUAGCACCUCCAUGUUCGUGAACGCUCGUGCACGAGUUUACCGUGUUCCAGAUGUGAAACUGAACAAAAAGGCCAAAAUGUCUGAGAGUGCAGAAGGGCAAGAAACAAAAAAGGAACUGGUCCUAGAAAGCAACCCAAAGUGGGAGGCGUUAAGCGAAGUCCUGAAGGAAAUCGAAGCAGAAAAUAAGGAGAGUGAAGCUCUUGGUGGCCCAGGCCAGGUGCUGAUCUGUGCAAGCGAUGACCGGACUUGCUGCCAGCUGAGAGACUACCUGACCGCAGGGGCGGAGGCCUUCCUGCUGCGGCUCUACAGGAAAACCUUUGAGAAGGACAGCAAAGCCGAAGAAGUGUGGGUGAAUUGUAGAAAGGGGGACGGCCCAAAGAGAACUAUGAAAUAUGGCAAAAGACCCAAAGACACCCGAAACAAAGAGCGUGCCUCUACCAAAAAGGGGGCUCCUAAAAGGAAGAAGCGAGAGCUGACUCUGACGCAAGUGCUGGGGACUGCUGAGGAGCCGCCAGAGGAAGGGCCUGCAGAGGAAGGUCAGCACAAACAAGCCACCAGUAACCCAGAAGGCUGCGGGGGAGAGAUUCAGCAUGAAGCUUUUGAUUUAAAUUUGUCAUCUGACUCGGCCUAUGGCAUCCUGAAAGAACCCCUGACCAUCAUCCAUCCGCUUGUGGGGUGCAGCGACCCCUAUGCCCUGACGCGGGUACUGCACGAGGUGGAGCCCAGAUACGUGGUUCUGUACGAUGCUGAGCUCACUUUUGUCAGGCAGCUGGAGAUCUACAGGGCCAGCAGGCCCGGGAAACCGCUGAGGGUUUACUUUCUUAUAUACGGAGGCUCCACGGAAGAACAGCGUUACCUGACCGCUCUGCGGAAGGAAAAGGAAGCAUUUGAAAAGCUCAUAAGGGAAAAGGCUAGCAUGGUUGUCCCUGAAGAACGGGAAGGCAGAGAUGAAACCAACCUGGACUUAGCAAGAGGCACAGUGUCCACAGAUGCUCCCACUGACACUCGGAAAGCUGGUGGCCAGGAGCGUAAUGGCACACAGCCUAGCAUUGUGGUGGACAUGCGUGAGUUUCGGAGUGAGCUGCCGUCCCUGAUCCAUCGUAGGGGCAUCGACAUCGAGCCAGUGACCCUGGAGGUAGGCGAUUACAUCCUGACGCCUGAGCUUUGUGUGGAGCGCAAAAGCGUGAGUGACCUCAUCGGAUCGCUAAAUAGUGGCCGCCUGUACAGCCAGUGCCUGGCCAUGUCACGCUACUACCGGCGGCCAGUGCUGCUCAUCGAGUUCGACGCUGGCAAGCCCUUCUCCCUGGCGCCACGCGGUUCCUUCUUCCAGGAGAUGAGUAGCAGCGAUGUGAGCUCCAAGCUCACUCUCCUCACCCUGCACUUCCCGCGCCUGCGGCUGCUCUGGUGCCCCUCACCUCAUGCCACAGCCGAGCUGUUUGAGGAACUGAAGCAGAACAAGCCGCAGCCUGAUGCGGCCACGGCCAUGGCCAUCACCGCAGACUCAGAAACGCUGCCAGAGUCAGACAAGUAUAACCCCGGCCCCCAAGACUUCGUGCUAAAGAUGCCUGGGAUCAAUGCCAAGAACUGUCGCUCCCUGAUGAAUCACGUGAAGAACAUCGCAGAGCUGGCCUCCCUGUCCCAGGAGCAGCUCACGAGCAUCCUGGGGCAUGCGGGAAACGCCAAGCAGCUGCACGACUUCCUCCACACGGCCUAUGCAGACGUGGUGUCCGGAGGCAGAGUGAGAAAAUGACCGCACUCAGAUCGCUGCUCAUCAGUCAUUUGCAUAGCAGUUCUUUCUUUCCCAGGGCCUUUAGGGAUGGGCAUUCUAUUCCCCACAAUUUCCCCCUGAGCUCUGGCCUGAGAUGUGUCCUUGCUUCCCCUCCUGCCUUUUGCCCCUCUGUGCCCUGUCUGUGCUAGGCUUGCAGUGCUCCAUUUUAAAUAAGGUGUGGCAGGGUUACACCACCUGAAGGAAGCAGAGCCAAUGUUUGCCAUUAAGGCUGAUAAAAAGUACUCCUUUGUGUUCCAGCACUGUCUGAACAGGUAUGGUAGAGCUGAGACAGGGCUGCUGCUCUCACAUGCCCUCCAGCUGUGGUCUUCAGCUUCUUCACCUCCCGCUCACAGAGACAAGCCAGCCCACUAGCCUCCUGCUCACCACGUGUAUAUAGCAUGCACUAUGACUGGGCUGUUUAAACCAGUGCUUCAGCAAAAAAUGUUGACAGGAUUUGAUGAGGCCAUGAAAGACACCUCAGAAUUCUUGGUUUUCUCAAUAUUUGACCUCCAAGUUCUUACUCUUAAGCCCAAAUCACAGCAAAGAGUGUUCAGACUCCUCCCACCCACAUGUCACUGACGUCAUUCACACAUCAAUGACGCCGGUGCCAUCCCAGAAGCAUGCCAUCUCUGCCCUGCCCACACUCCUGUGCUGACUGCCUCUCCCACCUGGAUGAGGACCAGAUACGAGCAGAGGAGGGCCAGGUGCUUUCUAGAUGUGGGUGUGUCUCCUUCACAUUAGCCACUGUAGGCAGAUGGGAGACCAAGGCGGAGAAUGCACAAGGAUUCAAAAGAAGCACAUAGAUGUUUAAAGACUCACAAACCAGUCUCGUGAUCGAUGUCGUUGGCCUUUCUGUGUUAACCACAGGAUUCACAGCAUCCUCGUGCUGUUUGCAAAAUAUAUUUAAGUACUAGCUGCUCAUGUGUUCAGUAACAAGCAGUAAACUCCCUACCUCGAGCGCUGAUGCCGACAUGAAUUCUAGCCUUGCCACACAGUUGAUGGUUUCAUCAGUGUCAGCCAUCUUGCACUUAGAACCGAACCUUCCUGCUGACAUCAUGAUUUAUUGGUACUUAGAGUACAGCUGUCCCUCAGUGUCCAUGAGCGAUUGCUUCCUUUGGUGGUGUUUGCUGUGAACGUCAGACCAUCUCUAGGUGGCUAACAGCAACUGAUGCAGGGUAGGUGGUGUGUAAGGGGCUGUCCCCUGUGCUGUUCAAGGGGUAAGGACGAGAGUCUUCGUGUUUAAUAGAGAUGCGCUUGUUUCUGGUCCUUGGUUGGUUAAUCCAACAAUGUGGAGGACAGCGUAGGAUCUGUCCUGUCCAGGGUCCUUCAGGAAUGAAUUGAGAGUAUCAAGACCCAGGUAAUUGAUUACUGCAGGCUUCUACCCUGUGGUGUGGGAAAUAGGGGGAAAGAUUAAGCUUAAGGUGGAAAGAGAUCUGAGCCACCUGUUUCAUCCCAGGGAUGAAAAUGUAUUCACCUUCUGGCUAGGACAGAGCUGCCUGGUGAACUGCAUUCACUCAGGUGUUCACCGUGCUUCCCAGCUCACUGACAUGGAGGCAUCACUCCCAGUUAGGGUGCAUAGCCUCUUCUCUGUGUAAUUCCGCCUCCCUUUUCUGUUGUCUUGUUCCAUAAAGCAAAGAUCUGAGCAUAGCGCAUGCCAUGAUGGGUGUGUCAUUCAGGGUUAAAUUUCAAAGCCACCAUUCCAAGCGUCCUCGUGCCUAGUGCAACAGUCUUUUAACACUGACUUGCAUCGUCCCUCAGCUCCCUGCAUCAGCUGCUCGCUCUGACACGUGAGAAUAAGCAGCCGCGCAGCCUCCAGUGAGCCUGACCGUGACUGGUGGUUUCUCUUGAACUGUGAAUGGCUGUCCCAGGUGAAGACCCGCCACCUCUUCCUGACUGCCCCAUGAUUUCCAGGUGUGGAACCCUUCCUGUACAUCCUCCAGUUGUUUGGUUUUCUCAGAUUUUUUUUCAAAUUUGUUUUUGAAUCUUUGCUAAAGGAACAGAAAGCUGCAGAGUGAAUGUCUGACUUUGUUUUCCAGCAGCGUUUUGCUACCUUUGACUUUUGUUGUUCAGAAAUCAUAAAUACCCAGUUUACUGGUGAGCUCCUGGGUAGCUCUUAAAAGCCCUUCAAAAGCUAGGUCAGCAUUAUGGUUAAAGCCUUGAGCCUAAAAAUUACAAGAAAUUAUCCUUGAGUUUCCUUGCUUAAAUCUUAGCACCUCUCGGUGUUUUCUUAAAAUUAUAUGAGGAGAUGUCCUAUUUAAUAGUAGCCAUCAAACAUGGUGGUUGACAGACCUUGUCCCAGCUCUGGGGAGGUAGAGGCAGCUGUAUCUCAAAAAACAAAAGGUGGUGGCCAUCAGUAUGUCCAUUUAGUGGACAAUCUCUAGACUGUAAACCUGCACAUGUCCACAUGCUUCGUGGUACAAUCCUAGCUCAUAAGGAACUGGACGCAACCCAGCCCCAUUGGGUCCAGAAAGUGUUGAGAUACAGGGACCAGGAGGAAGGAGGCUCAAUUCUGGCCUUUUGCUUUUCGAGCGGAAUUUGAUUUCAUGUUGCCUUGGAGAAUGUCUUGGGGGAAAUUCUCUGUUGGUUUAAUUUAACUUAGAAAUGUCUACUCAAAAGAAUCAUAAGAAAAUGUAACCAGGCUUCACAAGAAUUGUCACUUUCCUUGGUUAUUUGGCUCUCAUUUUGAGGUUAACUAUUUCCUGUCUGGUCCUGAGCUUCAGCACAAGACUUUGUCGGCAGGCACCUGGUAGCCUGCGUUGCUUGGGGCUGAUCCUUUUUGUUUGUUUUAAUUUAUGGUUGCAUAAGCCAAGAUUGAGUGAGAGGGAGACAAAACGGAAAUAUCUGUGUGCGUCUGUACGUGUGUGCGUGCGUGUGUCCAUGUGUGUGUGUGUUGUGUGUGUGUGUGUGUGCGAGCGCGCGCGCAGCAUCUUCCUCAGCUGUGUGGGGAAGUAACAAUGACAGUGCACAGUAAGAGGGCGUACAUACGUUACAGCAACAUGCCGGUGCCCGGUGCUGGUUUUCGUCAUACAGAAGAGACGGUUAAAGUGGAUUUGCUCUGAAUUGCUGCUUCUGUCUGCACUCAGUGUCCCACAUUCCAGGUCGUCAGUGGUUGUUCCCUUCUCUGUGUGCUGUGACGUCUCCUCAGAUAAGCGGGUAGAGAAGAAAAGCCGUUGUCCUUUGGAAAUACCAAUUUGUUGAAAACAACAAAUGUGUGUGUCUGGGGCACCCAAACAAGCAGUCACCUCUUGUAUUUUUAUUCUGUUUAACUCACAAGUUGGAAGAGGCAAAUUGUCCUUUGGAUAACAGUGGAAUGUAUGAUUUCUUUAGCCAGUUUAAUUACAGUUUGAAUUGGGUCACACAGUGGUGUCCUGGCCGCUGCCUGUGCUUUGAGUGUUCGUGUGCAGCCUUUUCUAGUGACUGGCUAUGUGUUGAUGUUUCACCCCCUGAAUAAAGACUGGCAAACUGCUGAACCUUUUCUUUCCAA